GCGGGGCCGGGCCGGGCGGAGCGGCCGCUGCCAUGGACGCGUUGUGCCGGGCAGAGUCCCGGCCCCGCCGGCCCGCGGCCGCCUCCCCGCUGCCCUGGGCCCGCUUCUCUGCCUGGCUCGACUGUGUCUGCGUGGUCACCUUCGACCUGGAGCUGGGCCAGGCCAUGGAGCUGGUGUAUCCUUAUGACUUCAGGCUAACAGAGAAAGAAAAAACCAGUAUCUGUUACUUGUCCUUCCCAGACUCCUACUCAGGUGGCCUGGGGGACACUCAGUUCAGCUUCCGCCUGCGCCAGUCAGGGGGGCAGAGGACCACUCACUAUGAGGAUGAUGGCGAGUACAAUAGAGAAGCCUCUCUGAUGCUGCAGAGGGAGUCAGCUCAUUACUUUGGUUAUGUGUACUUCAGGCAAGUCAAGGACAGCUCCAUGAAGAGGGGCUAUUUUCAGAAGUCCUUGGUGCUAGUGUCACGCCUUCCAUACGUGAACUUGUUCCAGUCCCUGCUGCAGCUGAUUGCUCCUGAGUACUUUGACAAGCUGGAGCCAUGCCUGGAGGCAGUGUGCAACGAGAUUGAUCAGUGGCCACCUCCUGUACCAGGACAGACCCUGAACCUUCCAGUGAUGGGCGUUGUCAUUCAGGUGAGAAUCCCAUCAAGGGUGGAUAAGCCAGGAUCAAGCCCAGUGAAACAGUUCAACCAAGAGAAUCUGUUACCGGCCCCAUUGGUUCUCCCCAGUAUUCAUGAACUGGAUCUUUUCAGAUGUUUCCAGCCAGUGUUAAUUCACAUCCAGAUGUUGUGGGAGCUGAUGUUACUGGGAGAGCCAAUUGUUGUCAUGGCACCAUCCCCUACAGUGUCUUCAGAAAUGGUUCUGGCACUUACCAGCUGCCUGGCUCCUCUGAGGUACUGCUGUGACUACCGCCCCUACUUUACCAUCCACGACAGUGAAUUUAAAGAGUACACCACCAGGACACAAGCUCCGCCAAACAUUGUUGUGGGAGUCACAAACCCUUUCUUUAUCAAAACUCUUCAGCACUGGCCACACAUUCUGCGGGUUGGGGAGCUCAAAAUGUCAGGAGACCUGCCCAAGCAAGUGAAGGUGAAGAAGCUGGCAAAACUAAAAACUCUAGACACAAAACCAGGAAUCUAUACUUCCUAUAAAACAUUCCUGCACAAAGACAAAACCCUGAUCAAAAGAUUACUAAAGGGGAUCCAGCGGAAGCGCCCGUCCGAAGUCCAAAGUGCCCUUCUGAGACGUCACCUCCUGGAGCUCACCCAGAGUUUCAUCAUUCCCCUGGAGCAUUACAUCGCAAGUCUGAUGCCUCUGCAGAGGGCCAUUACUCCGUGGAAGAACCCUCCGCAGAUUCGUCCUUUCUGUCAGGAAGAUUUCAUGAAGACCCUUGAGCAUGCUGGGCCCCAACUUACCUGUGUGCUUAAGGGUGACUGGUUGGGCCUCUACAGGAGGUUCUUCAAGUCUCCCAACUUUGAUGGCUGGUACCGUCAGAGGCACCGGGAAAUGACCCAGAAGCUGGAGGCCCUUCAUCUGGAGGCCAUCUGUGAGGCGAACAUUGUAGCCUGGAUGAAGGACAAGUCCGAGGUUGAGAUUGUAGACCUGGUACUAAAACUUCGUGAGAAGCUGGUCCGAGCCAGGUGCCAGCACCUCCCUGUGAAGGAGGAAACGCUGCAGAGGGUCAGUGUGUACAUCGAGACCAUCAUCGGCUCCCUGCCCGAGGACCUCCAGGCUGUGCUGCACCACCAUUGAGCACGGAGCAGGGACUCUGGGGGACAGGGAAGGGUCCUCCCACCCCACUCCGAGCUGUGGGAUGCUGCAGUUGUGUUUGGAAAGGAAACUUCUUCCCUGCUCUGGCCACACGCCCUGAUCGGGACCUUACUCACAACCGUGUAGGAUUGUGAUGUGGGUCAGCUCAGUAGCAGGAUUAGGAGCCGUGUGCACUGUUCUCUGCCUAGUCUUGCUCUGAGAGCUGGAUUAGGGGCUGUAAAUGGGACACUGCUCCCUGUGUGGCUGUUGUCAGGUCAGAAAGUGACAGCCAGGCUUCCAGCAGCAUGUGAUAGGCUGUGCAUUGCCCAUGUAUACACCUCCAUCUUCAUCUGGUGCUUGGGCUCUCCAAACUCCAGUGCCUGGGAGGAGCAGGACCAGCCUUGUAGGGGGCAGCUGGUUUCAGGACAGCUCCCGAUGGUAAUCACAGAACCACAGAAUGGUUAUAAUGAGAGAGAUGCUGUUCCCCACACAGAAAUGAUGUGAGAGAAUUGUCCCUACCCAUCCAGCAGCCUGACUCAUGCUGGAAUGAGCCUGAGAGGCAAUGGGAGUGGGAGGAUGAAUUGCUGGACGUGGAACACUGUGUUUCCUUCAAGGCAGAGACAAGAGAAGAAGAAGAAGGGGCUGGUGCAUGUGCAAGGUUCAGCUCUCCAGGGAUCUCAGUGGGUGCUGUGUGAAAGGCAGCAGCUCCCAGAGCUCCACAGAGAGGAGCUGGCCUCCAAAUGUCAUUUAUUCACCCUGGAAAAUCAAGUUUGUGUGCACUCAUAAUGUACAAGAGAGCUGGAGCUCUGCUGGGCACGGAGAUAACGUAGCCAGCCCCCUUGCUGAUAAAACAUGUUGGAGAACCUCAUUUCUGCAGCCUGUGUCAGCCUUGCACGUGGGCACCUGGGGAGCAGCCCAUGUGUGAGC